UUUAAAAAAAAUGGUGAAGACAUUGAAAACUUCGAUGAAGGUGAUAUCACUGGGAGUGAUGAUGAAGCGUGGGGUAAAAAGAAGACAGCUUACUACUCAACUGAUUUUGUCGAUCCUGACUAUGAAACUUUGAGCCACAAAAAAAUGCAGGCGGCUGAGCUGGAAGAACAAGAAGCACGUACUAUUCAGCAGAGAUUAGCUCAACAAUUAGAUGAGGCUGAUUUUGGUUUAGAUUUAAUUGAACCUCAGGUUGAUAGCGACGAAGCGCCUGAUGAGAAAGUUGUCAAAGUAGACUGGAGUAAGAUGAGCAAGAGAAAAAGAGUUGAAUAUUUUCACAAAGAAAAUCCGGAGUUUGACAAAGUUGUUUCUGAUGUUAAAAAAUAUUUAAAAGAAGCCAACGAAGUUCUUUCACCAUUCCUUGAUUUAGUAGAUAAAUUAAAAGUAUCUCACCCAUCAAUUGAUUUUGUUAAGAUAAAAUAUCGAUUAGCGUUAAACUAUUCUGUCAAUGUUUCAUUCUACUUGAUGCUGAAAGCAAAGAAAAUACCAGUAUCAUCUCAUCCUGUUCUUAUAAAAAUAGCACAGUAUCGAAAGCUUCUUACUCAAUUAGAAGAAAAUCAAGGUGAUAUAUUGGACAAGGUUUCAGAGCUUGUAAAAUCAGUCAGCAAUGAAAAAUUGCUUCAAGAUAUUUUGGGAAAUCCUAAUCCAGAAGAUGAGGAGGAAGAUAAUGAAGAAAUGGAUGGCAUGAGUGAUUUGUCUAAGGACAAUGAUGAAGAAAUGGAAGAAGAUCUAGAAUUUGAGGUAUCAGGAGAAGAAAAACGUCCUAUCACUACUCAAAUUGCCAAGAAUAAGGGAUUGACACCUUACCGUAAGAAGGAACUAAAAAAUCCACGUGUAAAGCACAGGAUCAAGUUCCGUAAAGCUAACAUACGUAGAAAGGGUGCUGUCCGAGAAGUCAGGAAGGAAUUAAAACGAUAUGAUGGAGAAAUAUCAGGUAUCAAGGCUAGUAUGUACAGACUACCUGGACUGAUGCGUAGCGUAGCGUCGCGACAAAUGCAGCUACAAGCUCGUUCAUACGCAAAGGACGUGCGUUUCGGCGUGGAUGUGCGUGCUACAAUGUUAAAAGGAGUUGACAUUCUAGCUGACGCUGUUGCAGUUACAAUGGGACCCAAAGGUCGCAACGUGAUCAUCGAGCAAAGCUGGGGCAGUCCCAAGAUCACCAAGGACGGUGUGACUGUCGCCAAAAGCAUUGACCUGAAAGACAAAUUCCAGAAUAUCGGUGCUAAGUUGGUUCAGGACGUCGCCAACAAUACUAAUGAAGAGGCUGGUGAUGGUACGACUACUGCUACGGUAUUGGCCCGUGCUAUCGCUAAAGAUGGUUUUGAAAGAAUUAACUCUGGAUCAAACCCCGUUGAAAUUAGACGCGGAGUUAUGUUGGCUGUCGAAACUGUCAAAGAUGAACUGAAGAAAAUGAGCAAACAAGUAACGACACCCGAGGAAAUCGCCCAAGUCGCGACAAUUUCUGCCAAUGGUGACACUUUAAUUGGUAAGUUGAUUUCAGACGCUAUGAAGAAAGUUGGCAAGGACGGAGUGAUUACAGUAAAGGACGGAAAGACAUUGGAAGACGAUUUGGAAAUAAUUGAAGGAAUGAAGUUUGACAGAGGCUACAUUUCUCCUUACUUCAUUAAUUCUACCAAGGGAUCCAAGGUUGAGUUCCAAGAUGCAUUGGUGUUGUUUAGCGAGAAAAAAAUCUCAUCGAUCCAAAGUAUCGUUCCUGCUUUAGAAUUAGCAAAUUCAAUGCGAAAACCGCUGGUGAUUAUUGCUGAAGACAUUGAUGGUGAGGCACUGACUACUCUUGUAAUCAACAGACUCAAGAUUGGUCUCCAAGUGGCUGCUGUCAAAGCUCCAGGCUUUGGUGACAACCGCAAAGCCACUCUUCAGGACAUGGCCAUCUCUACAGGUGGAAUUGUCUUUGGAGACGAAGCCAAUCUUGUUAAAAUUGAAGACGUUCAGGCCAGUGAUUUGGGACAGGUUGGAGAGAUCAUUAUCACCAAAGAAGACACUCUCUUGCUGAAAGGCAAAGGAAAUCAAGCUGAUGUUGAAAGACGUGCGGAGUACCUCAGAGAUCAAAUUGAUAAUACAACUUCUGAGUAUGAAAAAGAAAAAUUACAAGAACGAUUGGCUAGACUUGCUGCUGGAGUCGCGGUUCUCAGAAUUGGAGGCAGCAGCGAAGUUGAAGUCAAUGAGAAGAAAGACAGAGUUAAUGACGCUUUGAACGCCACGCGCGCUGCUGUUGAGGAAGGAAUCGUUCCUGGAGGUGGUACCGCUCUUCUAAGAUGUGUUCCAGCAUUGCAGCAACUCAAACCAGACAACGCCGACCAGGCAUUAGGUAUCAAAAUUAUCGAGAAAGCACUUCGUCAACCAUGCUUCCAAAUCGCAACAAAUGCAGGAGUUGAUGCUGGUGCCGUGGUAGCUAAAGUAUCUGAAGGCAAGGUUGGCUACGACGCUAUGAAUGACAAAUACGUAGACAUGAUCGAAGCUGGAAUUAUUGACCCAACGAAAGUUGUGCGAACGGCCCUGACUGAUGCCGCUGGUGUAGCUUCGUUACUCGCUACCGUUGAAAGUGUCGUCUGCGACGUCCCUAAGGAAGAUUCACCUAUGGGUGCGAUGGGUGGUAUGGGAGGUAUGGGUGGUAUGGGCGCGAUGGGAGGUAUGGUAUUUUCUGUACGUAUUACAAAAGCU